CCGCGCCGCCGCCCGCGCAGCCAGCAGCCGGCACUCAGCACCCAGCACCCAGCGAGACCAGCCUCGCCGAUGGAGCGCCCGCAGCCUGACAGCAUGCCUCAGGAUUUGUCAGAGGCCCUGAAGGAGGCCACCAAGGAGGUACACACCCGGGCGGAGAACACUGAGUUCAUGAAGAACUUUCAGAAGGGCCAGGUGACCCGAGAUGGCUUUAAGCUGGUGAUGGCCUCCCUGUACCACAUCUAUGUGGCCCUGGAGGAGGAGAUCGAGCGCAACAAGGAGAACCCAGUCUACGCGCCCCUCUACUUCCCGGAAGAGCUGCACCGCAGGGCCGCCCUGGAGCAGGACAUGGCCUUCUGGUAUGGGCCCAGCUGGCAGGAGGUUGUCCCCUACACGCCGGCCACGCAGCGCUACGUGCGGCGACUCCACGAGGUGGGACGCACGGAGCCCGAGCUGCUAGUGGCCCACGCCUACACCCGCUACCUGGGCGACCUGUCUGGGGGCCAGGUCCUCAAGAAGAUUGCUCAGAAGGCCCUGGACCUGCCCGGCUCCGGCGAGGGCCUGGCCUUCUUCACCUUCCCCAGCAUCGCCAGCGCCACCAAGUUCAAGCAGCUCUACCGCUCCCGCAUGAACUCCCUGGAGAUGACCCCCGAGGUCAGGCAGAGGGUGGUCGAAGAGGCUAAGACUGCGUUCCUGCUCAACAUCCAGCUCUUUGAGGAGUUGCAGGAGCUGCUGACUCCGGACACCAAGGACCAGAGUCCCUCGAAGGCAGGGGGGCUUCACCGGCGGGCCCACAGCAGGGCGCAAGACGUCACCCCUUUGGAGACGCCCAGAGGGAAGCCCCAGCUCAACGUCCUCUCCCAGGCCCCGCUCCUCCGAUGGGUCCUCACACUGAGCUUUCUGGUGGUGACGGUUGCUGUGGGGCUUUAUGCCAUGUGAAUGCAUGUGUGCUGGCUCCCAGGGGCCAUGAACUUUGUCCGACGGAGGGCUUUCUUUCUGGAGAGGGACAAUCUCUUGGCUGGCUUCUUGGGCAUAGGAAGCUUUUGGGGCCCCCUCCCCCAGCCCUCCUGCUGUGUCCCUCUCUCUGGAAAGGAGGAAGGAGCCUGUAGCAUCUUUCUAACCCAAAAGUACAUCCAGCCAGUGGCCUGACCUUCAGAGUAGGGCGAGGGGCCCGGCCCUGCCCCUCAGCAUCCUCAGUUCCUGCAGCAGAGCCCAGAAGACGUGGCCAGAAGUGGCAGCUGUCCUGAACCUCUAGACACUCCCUAGUUUCACAGUAUUCUUGUUGACAUAGGCGUAACCACUUUCCCUACGAGCUAUGGCAAUUUUUAUAGAAACGUGUAAAGAUGUUAUGUCUUGUGUUUCUUGUCUUGUUUGUGUUGGAGCCACUCUUUGUUCCCGGCUCAGCCUGAAAUGUAUUUUAUUGUGUUCUGUUGUUUUUAUAGCAGGGUUGGGGCAGUUUUAUGGGGGGUGGAGGGGUGGGGAGGGAGAUGUUUAACAGCACUGUGGCCUUGGUCUCUAACUUUUGUGUGAAAUAAUAAAUGACUUUGUCUGAUA